GAACGGGUGAGGGGCGGAGCGAGAGGAGAAGGAAGCCUCGGCUGCCACUCCACAAAACGCCGCGUCUGAGCCAGGAGAGCCGACCUGCGCCAGCCCUGGGCUCCGAUUUCCGGUCUUCUAAGAAUCAGGAGGAAGAAACACCAUGUGGCUUAACCUUUUACUUGGAAACAUAGCUUUUUAAAAGAGAUGGCUGACAAGGCUGGAAAAAAUCUUUCAGGCCCACUGUUCAUUGAAGUUGAAUAUGAUUAUGAAUAUGAAGCAAAAGACAAAAGGAUUGUGAUAAAACAAGGGGAGAAAUACAUCUUAGUAAAAAAGACUAAUGAUGACUGGUGGCAAGUCAAAAAGGAUGAAAAUUCCAAACCCUUCUAUGUGCCAGCACAAUAUGUUAAAGAAAUGACGCGCAAAGCACUAAUGCCACCUAUUAGGCCAUUAGUUGGACUGCCAAACAACUCUCUAAAACUUGCACAUGGCUUACAGAGGUCAACAGAAAAUGUGAAUAAAUCUCCAGAGCUUUCAACUUCAGGGAAAUCGUAUCUAGUUCAAGCUCAGGAUGCCAACCAGAAUCUGGGACCAAACAGUAGCCCAGGUCAGAAUACUGGACUUAGCAUAGAACUUGCCCCAAACAAUGGAAAGUUUAAUGAUUUACAGUUUGUUAAAUUUUCCAGUCAGAACAUGAACUUAUCUGGGUCUCACUUUCAUUGUUCAGAAUGUAUGGAAACUGAGAAGACCAGCUUCUUGCAAGAACAACCCUGUGAUUCUGUAGGCGAAGAAAAAAUCCACCAAGAUUCAGAGUCCGGAGAUGACCUCAGUAGCAGUUCCACAGAACAAGUACAGCCAGUGACACCACCAAGCCAAGGAAGACCAGAUUCACCUGUUUAUGCUAACUUACAAGAACUGAAAAUUUCUCAGUCUGCACUACCACCUGUGCCUGUAAGUCCUGCAGUCCAAAUUAGUGGGGAGUGGGAGACUCAUAAGGAUAUUACAGGACGCUACUACUAUUACAACAAAGGAACACAGGAGAGAACCUGGAAACCGCCACGUUGGACUCGGGAUCCAAGCAUAACAAAAGGAGACUGUUUGAACCAAAUAGAUCAAGAGACAAUUUCAACACAAGAAAACUCUCACAGUCCUUGUAACAGCCAGCCAGACAGUCAAUAUGAUUCUCCUCCCAAAGGCUGGUCAGAGGAGAUGGAUGAACAUGGCCAAACACAAUAUACCAGUGAUCUCACCAAUGAAAAGUGGGUAAAACAUGUAGAUGAACAAGGUCGGGCAUACUAUUACAAUGCAGAUGGAACACGUUCAGAAUGGACUUUGCCAAAUUAUAAUGCUUCACUACAACUGCAAAAAGAAAUAGUUAAAAGCAGAAGUUUGGAGAGGAGACUUCAGGAACCAGUAGUUUUAACAAAAUGGAGGCAUAGCUGUGUUGUGUUGGAUACAAAUGACAAGGAUUUUUCUUUUCCUGCAAAGAUUGCAUUUCCUGAGAAUGGAUCCUCUCCUUCCUCACCAAGGCAUCAAAUCACAGAUCAAGAGAAGUAUGGAUUAUUAAAUGUAACUAAAAUCACAGAAAAUGGGAAAAAAGUCCGAAAGAAUUGGAUGUCAUCUUGGGCAGUAUUGCAAGGUUCCUCAUUACUGUUUACCAAGACUCAAGGAAGUGGAACUGGUUGGAAGUUUGGGGUCAAUCAAUCUAAACCAGAGUUCACAGUGGAUCUCAAAGGUGCAUCUAUUGACUGGGCUUCAAAGGAAAAAUCGAGCAAGAAAAAUGUGAUCGAGAUGAAAACACGCCAGGGAACUGAACUAUUAAUUCAAUCAGACAAUGACAUAUCUAUUAUGGAAUGGUUUAGAGUUCUUGAAUAUGCUAUCAGUAACCAGACAGUAGAGUCUGAAGAAGCAUUGGAUGAUGAAAUGCCAGAUUCGCCUGGAUUGGAAAAACAAGACAAAGAAAAGGACCAUAAAGAUUCUAAAAAGAUUCGUUCACUAAAAAUAUCUAGCAGUAUUGAUUCUUCAGAACAAAAGAAGACUAAAACGAAAUUGAAGAAGUUUUUAAUCCGCAGACCUACUUUACAAGCAGUCCGUGAAAAGGGCUACAUUAAGGAUCAGGUAUUUGGCUGCAAUCUAAGCAGUUUGUGUCAAAGAGAAAAUAACACUGUGCCAAAAUUUGUGAAGCUGUGCAUUGAACAUGUUGAAGAACAUGGAUUGGACAUUGAUGGAUUGUACAGAGUUAGUGGUAAUCUUGCAGUAAUACAGAAGCUAAGAUUCGCAGUUAAUCAUGAUGAAAAACUGGACUUGAAUGACAGCAAAUGGGAAGAUAUUCAUGUCAUCACAGGGGCUUUGAAAAUGUUUUUUAGAGAAUUGCCAGAACCAUUAUUCACUUUCAGCCAUUUCAAUGAUUUUGUCAAUGCCAUUAAACAAGAGCCUCGGCAACGUGUUCAAGCUGUAAAAGAGCUGAUUAAACAGUUGCCAAAGCCAAAUCACGAUACGAUGCAGGUGCUGUUCAGACACCUCAAGAAAAUUAUAGAAAACGGAGAGAAGAAUCGAAUGACCUAUCAAAGUAUAGCCAUAGUCUUUGGCCCAACUUUAUUAAAACCUGAGAAAGAGACUGGUAAUAUAGCAGUUCACACAGUGUAUCAGAACCAGAUUGUAGAAUUAAUCCUAUUGGAAUUGAACUCAGUCUUUGGACGUUGAAAGGCCUCACUGGCCUUUGAAGGACAAAAACUCGGCUCUGACAGAAACAGCAUCUCAAUAUAUAUUAUGUCUUUGUGGACCAAGCAGCCACUUGAUGGUAUUGCACUUUUUUUGGGGGGGAGGGAGAAGAGUGUGAUUUAUUUUUGCUGGGUUUUGAAAGCUAUUAACUUUGAUUUUUUUUUUACAAUAAAUGUUAUGGAUAUUACAAAGUUUAUAUGAUUCUAGGGACACUUAAACUGGAGAUUUUAUAUAGAUGUACACACUGGAUUUUUUUGGGUGGAAGAAGCUAAUUUCAGUCAGGAUUAUCUAGAAUGGCAUUUUAAUCUUUAUUUUAAAUACAGAUUGUCCUCAACUUAUAACCAUUAUUUAAUGAUUAUUCAAAUUUAUAACUGCUGGGAAAAGCGAUUUAUGAUCAUCUCUAGCAGUUAUGACUGUUUUAAUGUCCCCACAAUCACAUGAUCAUGGUUUAUAUACUUGGCAACCAGCAGUUGCAGUGUCCCAGGAUCACAUGAUCACCAUUUGCAACCCCGCCGAAAGCAAAGCCAAUGAGGGAAGCUGGAUUUGCUUGAAAACUGUGUGAUAAAUUUAACAACUAUGGCAAAAAGUUGUAAAAUUGGACAUGGUCACAUAAACAUAUUGCUUAUUGACAGAGGUUCUGUACCAAUGAUGGUCAUAAAUCAAAAAUUCUGUAACCUUAGACUUAAUAUUUGCUUUGGAGAAAAUAAAUUCUUUAUCAACUGACUUUGAAGAACUUUAUGAGCUAUUUUUAGUGAAUCAAUGCAGUGCAAGCUCACAAAUUAAAAUGUAUAAGAGAAUUCCCGUUAUUCAUUUACAGAUUUCUGUAUUAAUUUGACAGAUUAAACAAGUGCUAACAGUGGGCAGUGUAAAUUCCUUCACUACACCAAUUUUACUUGCCAUUGAUAUUUCUGGACUUACUCAGAUUUUAGCUGGCUUUAUUUUUUAACCACAUACUAUUAUUGCUUCAGAUACUGAAUUGGUGCAUAUAACCAGUGGAGGAUAUAUCUGUGACCAGCUGGAGUGUUCAGCAUUUUUUCCAAGAUAUGUGUAUGUGAGUGAGUGAGUGAGUGUGUGUGUGUGUGUGUGUGUGUGUGUGUGUGUGUAUAGUUUGAGAUUAAAUCCUAUUUAGCAAAUCUAACUGGAAGUUGAUAUUGUAAUGAAUUCUUGCAUGAAUCUGUGGUAGUAAAAUCAGAUGUAAAUACACACUGAAGUCCUAACUGGGUGUUUUAUUUUUUUAUUAUUAUGUGUAUACACUGUUGUAUACUUUCUACUCCUACACUUUGAAUGUGUAUAUUAAUAACUGGUAUUUGGUGUACCUCCAAUGGAUAUGCUGUUCCUACAGAAAAAUGGGUUACUUGGAAAACUCUGUGCACUUUUUAAAUGCUAACAUCUGCACGCCAAUAAUUCUAAUGCAAAUGGUACUGGAAAAAUACUGCUUGCUUUACAUGGUUAAUGCACUACAAGCAGAACCUCUGAUGUUAUUUAAUAUGUACAGGAGCUAUAUUAGAUAAAUAUAUUGCAAAUUCUAACAUCUAUAUAUUGCAGAAACUUAUAUUUGAAUAGAUGGAUGUCUUGAUGUAAUGAAAAUGCUGAACUUAAGGAUUCCUUUUGAUUUUAAUGAUGUAGAUUGAUUUGUAAAAUAAUUUCAGAAGAUUUUGUUACAGGAUACAUGGUCUGCAGAAGAUUUUUUAAAUUGUAUUUUUCUAGACUAACUGCUAUAUCUGACAUUUGCUAUGUGGAAAUGAAAUAAAACCGUUAGUUGUUCGGAAUGUGGUGCUUCAGAUUUGAAAUGCAAGUUGUGCCAUAUUGAAACUAUAAAUAAAAACCAACCAAUCAUUUCUUGGUUGCUGGUUUUAUAAUGCAUUAAUGAUCUUUGACUUACAAGGACUCAGUGAAUUCAUCGUUGGCAAACAGUCCUGAUGGCCAGAAAAGAAGUGGAAGGGAUUUACUGAAUAAUAAUUCCCUCUACAGGAUUCAUGGGACAGUUGCCCUCACCAUUUUAUUUGAUCAAUUUAACAACAUUAAGGCAUUAUUUAAAAGGCUUUCUUGAGAAGAAAAACUUUGUAAUAUUGACCUCAAUGUAGAAAAGGCCCAGUUCUAUUAUUGAUCAUAGAGGUUUUUGUGGAAGAAACAAUAUGCAGGUCACAUGCCUAUUAAGGCAUUUGGAAACAAUGGGUGUAUUUCCGGAGAAUGAAACUGUAUAAUAUGCUCCUUUACUAGUUUAAGUCAUAAAGAUGAUCACAGAAUUUAUUUUCUUCCUGUAUCUGUCUUUCAGAACAUUCUCCUGACCAGAAAUAGUAGCUUAUUGGAUAAAACUGUUUUAUUUUCUGUAUUCUGAUUUAUCUUAUAUAACCGAUAAUAAAACUAAAAAAAAGUAUUGCUGGGAAGAAAACUCUGAUGGAAGAUUAGCUCCCAUCCCAGUUAGCUUAGAAAAUUAUUAUUAGAAUAAAUUAAAGACUAUUUCUUUGUAUCAAAUAUCAAAAUUGCUAGAACAUGCUACAGCUUUGCUUCUUUCUUCUUACACAGAUAUUGAGAACAUUUAACAUAGUUUUCAAGCAGACUUUGUGAUAAAUGGCUUUUGCAAAUAUAAUUCUGGAAGCUAAUCAUUCAACAUAUAUUCUUAUAAUUCUUCUCCAAAUAAGUUAUUAAUAGCUAGAAAUUUUCUUAAGUCAUGUAGUUGAAACACUCUAUAAUAGAUAUUAGCUCAACUUUUAAAGGUGCAUUUUGGUUUGCAAGAUAAGCAAGGAUCACCUUCUUAAACUUCCUCAAGCAUCCUGUAAAUAUUCUGAACUGCAUUAAUUUGAAUAUGUCUCAAAACAGGUGCAGUAAAUAUUCCUAGUUUUGACUCUGUUUCAAUAAUAUAUAUAAAACAGCCUAUCUCCAAAGAUUAUGAAGGUUUGGUUAAAUCACAUUUAUGUUACAAAGAAGAUAGACCAAUUUAUUGUUGUCAUUUCGAAAUGAUGAUGUGUAAUGAGAAAGUAUUCUGCCUUUUGCAGUUGACUAUAUUUGCCUUGGUAGAUGGCUAAUGAAUUAAUUGGCUUUGAUAUAUGAUAGUGUUAUUUCCAUGACUGUUUCCUAAAUCUCUUACUGCGGAUAAAACAUUCUUUAAGUUUUGUGCCAGAAAUAAACUGUUAUUUAAAUAUUUCUAUUUGAUUGUUUAAAAUUACAUAAAUAAAAAUUAAUAAUUAGUGAAAAUGGAAAAAAUAUAAGUCCCAAACUGAAUUUAUGAAAUUUUGGCAUAAAUUAACAUUUUAAAGAAUCUGGAGCCAACAUAAUGCUGCAAAAUUAACAUAUCAAAGCCAUUAGCUGUAAUACAUCAGUAUGUAUUUACCAGAAGUGUGCCUGUGUUUCAGAACAAAUAAGUUGUGCUAAUUCAGGAUUUGCUUUGUUGGAAAUGGUUUGUGUUUUCCCUGGGAUGCAGGGAGACACUUAAUUAGUGGCAUUCAAGUUAUCUUGUACUUUUUAAAUUAAGAAACUGUGGAUUACUGUGAAAUGAGUUUUACUCAUUACUGGCAAUGAGUUUGAUGCUCUUUUUGACAUAAAUAAACAUUUAACUCUCA